AGUCUCCCGCGGUCCUCAUAAAAAAACCAGAUGUCUUCGAGAUCUCGCUGCGUUCAUGCGGGUCUUCCAUGGCGGAGAAUUGCUCGGGUAGGCGAGGGCCUCGAGGUGACGGCUUCUCGCGGGAGUGGGUACUUAGCUGGAUCCACCUCGCCAAGUUCUAGAGCUAGGGUUAUGAUUAUAGCCGUCCUCAGUCAUUAUCCACGCCAGAUUGUUCGUCAGAAAUUAAUGGGAGCUGAUUCCUCCAUCUGCGUAGGGCCCGAGCAGACAUUGGGUUACAAGAAAAGGAUAAAAAUGGGUCUUGGAUUCGAAUCUGCGACUCAUUGGAAUGAAUUCCAUAAUUCAUUCCUUCUUUAAAUUCACCUCUUCUGCUCGGUCGUAGCUUACCAUAACAAUUAUGAGAUAGGAAGAGAACAGGUCUUUUUUUCUUCUGGGCUUUAUUUCGAGAUUUAUUGUGGGAGAUUGGAUAAGAGGCCUGCGGCUUGCCACAGUUGUAGACUUGCAGGCUUUGAUCUUUAGAGAGGAAAGAAGGGGACUGGGCAAGAGUAGUAGAAGGUCUACUUGCUAAACAAAGAUGAACGCAUUAGCUGCGACAAGUAGAAAUUUCAAGAAAGCGGCCAAACUGCUGGGUUUGGACACGAAGCUGGAAAAGAGUUUGCUCAUCCCUUUUCGAGAGAUCAAGGUUGAGUGCACAAUCCCCAAAGAUGAUGGUACCUUGGCAUCUUUUGUGGGAUUCAGGGUGCAACAUGACAAUGCUAGAGGUCCUAUGAAGGGUGGAAUCAGAUACCAUCCUGAGGUUGACCCAGAUGAAGUAAAUGCCCUAGCACAAUUAAUGACUUGGAAGACUGCUGUAGCAAAUAUCCCUUAUGGAGGAGCAAAAGGUGGAAUAGGAUGUGCUCCGGGAGAGUUAAGUGUUUCAGAGCUUGAACGAUUAACCCGAGUUUUCACACAAAAGAUACAUGACUUGAUUGGAGUUCAUAUUGAUGUACCAGCACCAGAUAUGGGAACAAACCCACAGACAAUGGCAUGGAUAUUGGAUGAAUACUCUAAAUUUCAUGGCUAUUCUCCUGCAGUUGUAACAGGGAAACCUAUCGACCUUGGUGGAUCUCUGGGUAGAGAUGCAGCUACUGGAAGGGGAGUCCUAUUUGCUACUCAAGCUUUACUUGAAGAGUAUGGAAAGAGCAUCUCAGAUCAGCAAUUUGUUAUACAGGGGUUUGGAAAUGUUGGUUCCUGGGCAGCCAAGCUUAUCAAUGAAUUUGGAGGGAAGGUUAUUGCAGUUAGUGAUGCGAGUGGAGCAGUUAAAAAUCUUAAGGGCCUGGAUAUUGACAAAUUAAUUAGACAUGCCUUAGAGAAUCGUGGGAUUAAAGGUUUCAGUGGUGGAGAAGCUUUUGAUCCAAAGUCACUGUUAACUGAAGACUGUGAUGUGCUUAUUCCAGCUGCACUUGGUGGUGUGAUAAACAGGGAAAAUGCAAAUGACAUUAGAGCUAAAUUCAUUAUUGAGGCAGCCAAUCAUCCCACAGAUCCAGAGGCUGAUGAGAUUCUAUCAAAGAAAGGUGUAAUUAUUCUACCCGAUAUCUUUGCAAAUUCAGGUGGAGUCACUGUGAGUUAUUUUGAAUGGGUUCAGAACAUACAAGGAUUUAUGUGGGAUGAAGAGAAGGUGAACUUGGAGCUCAAAACAUAUAUGACUAAUGGUUUCAAGUAUGUUAAGGAGAUGUGUAAGACCCAUAGCUGUGAUCUUCGCAUGGGAGCUUUCACUCUUGGACUCAACCGAGUUGCCCGAGCAACGGUCCUCAGAGGUUGGGAGGCCUAAUUUUAAGGUUCUUGACCUUCCCCCAUGGUAGGGAUAUAUUUAUAUAUAUAUAUUCAUACAAAUUAUGAUGUUUUUUCCCCUCUAUAUGUAUCUUGCAAAGCAAAUAUUUGGUUACCACCAUUGUAGUGUGUUGCAUAACUUAUAAAUGAUAAUCAUCUUCAAGUGUUGUAAGAUUUUACAUGUGCCUGAUUUGAGGUAUUGCUUCAUGAUAAAUUGAGUUGCAUGAUAAA